AUGGCCGCCCGCGAGCCCAAGCCCAUCGAGAACCCCAAGACGUGCCUCGUCCUCCGCGGCGGCAACUGCUCGCAGGUCGUGCAGGACGCCCUCAACGACCUCUACUCGAUGCACCAGCCGCAUGCCAAGAAGUUUUCCAAGAAGAACCCCAUCCACCCCUUUGAGGACGCCACCUCGCUCGAGUUCUUUUCCGAGAAGAACGACGCCAGCAUGCUCCUCUUUGGCAGCAGCCAAAAGAAGCGCCCGCACGCCAUCACCCUCAUCCGCACCUUUGGCUACAAGCUGCUCGACAUGCUCGAGCUGCACCUCGACCCGGCCACCUUUUGCGCCCUGGCGCAGUUCAAGACCAAAAAGUUCAGCAUCGGCCAGCGGCCCAUGCUGCUCUUUGCCGGCACCGCCUUUGAGAGCCCCGUCGCCAACGAGUACACGCUCGCUAAGAGCCUCUUCAUCGACUUCUUCAAGGGCGAGCCCGCCGACAAGAUCGACGUCGAGGGCUUGCAGUACAUUGUCAGCUUCACCGCUGAGGAGGAGCGCACCGUCGACGCCAAGCCCGUCCUGCACAUGCGCGUCUACCUCAUCCGCACCCGCCGCAGCGGGCAGAAGCUACCCCGCGUCGAGGUCGACGAGAUUGGGCCCCGCAUGGAUUUCCACGUCGGCCGCAUGCGCGUCCCCGACGAGGCCAUGCUCAAGGACGCCAUGAAGACGCCGCGCGGCCUCGUGGAGCGCCCCAAGAAGAACAUCACCACGGACACCAUGGGUGACAAGAUUGGUCGCGUCCACACCGGCAAGCAGGAUCUCGGCACCAUGCAGACGAGAAAGAUGAAGGGUCUCAAGCGCAGCAGGCUGGAUGACGAAGAGGUCGGCGUCGAGGACGUCGCCGAGGAGGAAGCGACCAAGCGCUCCAAGCAAUAA